GGGGGUAGGUCAUUUAGGACAGAGUUAAGGAAAAACUUCUUCUCCUAGAGCGUUGUGGGGGUCUAGAAUGCACUGCCUCGGAAGGUAGUGGAGGCCAAUUCUCUGGAUGCUUUCAAGAAGGAGCUAGAUAGGUAUCUUAUGGAUAGGGGAAUCAAGGGAUAUGGGGACAAGGCAGGAACUGUUGUGGUUUCUCGUGCCCCACAAAUGAUUAGGAGACGCAGAGGAUUCUUCAAGAAGGGUUAAACUUUAAUUUGCAAAUCAAAGCUGAGAGUGUCAUUGUGCUAGUCCGGGGGUCGGCAACCUGCGGCUCCCGAGCCAUUUGUGGCUCUUUCACCUCUGUGCUGCGGCUCCCUGUGGCUUUGGGAAAUAAUUGACGGAAGGUGCUGAAACGCUUUGUCGCGUGUCUGGAAGAAGUGAAAACUUUCCUGGGCAGCAAAGGGCUCACCUUUCCUGAGCUGGAACAGCCAGAGUGGCUGGAAAAGCUACACUUCAUGGUAGACAUGACAGCGCACCUGAACACGCUGAACACAGCUCUUCAGGGGAAAGGACGUACAGCCCUGCACAUGUUGGAGGAUGUUUUGGCAUUCGAGCGCAAGUUGACAGUGCUUGCCAGAGAUUUACAGAAAGGCACUUUGUCUCACUUCCCCAAUUUGAGAGAGUUCAAACAAGGUCACGACAUGAUAAUUUCGGAGUAUUUACAUUCUGCAAUCAUCGCAAUGCAAACAUCGUUUGGGAAACGCUUCUGUGAGUUCAGAGAGGAAAAAAACACAUUAUCCUUCCCGGUCACUCCCUUAAGCAUCGAUCCUUCCCUACUGAAUACGACUGCAUUGGCAGGUGUGAGUCAACCUGAUCUUGAGAUGGAACUGGCCGACAUAGCCGACAAAGACAUAUGGGUGUCCAAGUUUAGACGCUUGACAGCAGACCUUGAAGAUGUUGCCCGUCAGAAGGCCGUUCUUGCUCAGAAACACAAAUGGAGUGAUAUUGAAAACCUCACAGAUGACAGCUUGCGAUCCUGUGUAAAGAUGAAGGUGACAUCAUACAGCCCUGAUGUGCAGACGCUGUGCGCUGAGGUCCAGGAGCAGAAAUCCCAUUAACCAAGUAUGAUAAAUAUUUUAAUUGCCUAU